GGAAAGUGUUUAUGUUGAAAUGAGUCCGGCUGAUUCCCGUCCCACUCCCCUGUCAGUCCGCCCCGCUGAGCUGCGGUCCACCUUUGCAGUCGGUUAGCCAAAAUGAGCGACAAAGGUCUGUCAGACGAGGCAGCGGCGUCCGCUUGUAAAGAUGGAGACCCGGUUACUAAGGAUUUCAUGAUGCAGCAGACCAUGCUGCGGGUUAAAGACCCAGUUAAAUCCUUGGAUUUUUACACCAGAAUCCUCGGCAUGACGCUUCUGCAAAAGUUUGACUUCCCCCCCAUGCGGUUCUCUCUCUUCUUCUUGGGCUACGAGGACAAGAAGGAGAUUCCUGCAGACGUGAAGGAAAAGACGGCCUGGACUUUCUCCAGAAGAGCCACCAUUGAGCUGACGCAUAACUGGGGCUCUGAGGCUGAUGAGAGCCAGUCUUAUCACAAUGGGAACUCCGAUCCACGUGGCUUCGGACACAUUGGAAUCGCCGUUCCUGACGUCUAUGCAGCCUGCAAACUGUUUGAAGAGCAAGGAGUCACAUUUGUCAAGAAGCCAGAUGAUGGUAAAAUGAAAGGCUUGGCCUUCAUUCAGGACCGCCUGAGCAUCUCAAAGGUGGUCCCCGUCCCCAGCUCGUAUACCUGGGCUGUUGCCCAGAACUACUGCAGAUGGCACCACAGUGACUUGAUCACCAUCAGAAACCAGCAGCAUGCUGACAUGCUCGCCCCGUAUGAAGGCUGGAUUGGUUUACACUGCAACACACUGGACUUUGGGUGGAAAUGGUCCAGAGGAGAAGAGCACGCCACAAUGCUCAACUGGGACUCUUCCGAACCAGACAAGGAUCAUCACUGUGUUUGGAAGACUAAUUCUUCUCCAAAAUGGAAAACUGCAAAAUGCAGUGCCACUAAGCCCUUCUUGUGUGAUGAAGACCUGAUCCUGGUCCAGGAGGAGAAGACAUGGGAAGAAGCCUUGGUGCAGUGCAGACAGCUGGCGGCUGAGGGAGGUAACACACGGCCGUACCAUCUCGCCAUCCUGGCAGAACCAGACCAAAAGAUGAUGGACACAGAGACGAUCAGACUGGAGGCAACCACUGCUGAGGUGUGGGUGGGACUGCGUUUCCUGGCUGGUGAGUGGCUGUGGAUGGGCCCGAACACGGCGCCGAGCGCUGACCUUCCACGGUGCCCGGCCGAGCAGCAGCACUGCGGCGCCCUGCUUCCCGACAGCACACAGUGGAAGAUGAUGAGCUGUACGGAGAAGAGAAACUUCCUCUGCAGCAGAAUACCCUCCAACUAACAGUAGGUUUCUGUUCUCUUAAAAGGAUGUGAGAAAUUAUGUCAUGUGGAUUAAAGUGCUUUGAGUUAGAUCCCUAAUAAUGGAGAUCAUUACAAUCCAUGAUGGAGAUGUAAAGGACUCAGGUCAAACUCAUCUUUUACAGUGGGACUGUCUGUUUACCUUGGAACGCUCAUGGGUAAUCUUAGAAGGCAUGGGGAUGAGGAAAAUCCUUUUAAAGCUUGUUGUAGGCCUAAAAUGACAUUAUCACUUAAGUAAUAGCACAUAGUAGCUAGAACAAUAUAACAUUUAGAUCUUUAGAAACAUUGCAGAUGUAAACAAACCUUCAUGUUUAUCAUAAAGAAUGUAUCUUAAUCAUUUUUAGUUGUC